AUGGUAAAGAUGUACCGGCAGAUCCUGGUGCACUCCGACGAUCGAGACCUACAACGGAUCGUGUGGCGGCCGGACGAGACCGCCGCACUCAGAGACUACCUACUCAACACCGUCACCUACGGCGAGGGCUGUGCGCCCUUUCUGGCCAUCCGGUUACGACUGCAGCUAGCAAGGAACGAAAGGGUGCGCUUCCCCCGAGCAGCCGCCGUCCUGGAAGACGACACUUACGUCGACGACGCCUUUUCCGGAGCAGAGACCUUGGAAGAGGCCCUCGAAUUACAAACCGAGCUAAUCGAGCUAUGCAUGGCGGGCAGCUUCCCACUAAGUCUUCAGUGGCAACCAGAGAAGGACACCUUCGCCUUUCAAGUUCACCCCGCCACUUCUACACAAGUCACGAAACGGUCGGUGCUGUCUCAUACUGCACGACUGUUUGACCCUCUCGGAUGGCUCGCCCCUGUAAUCAUCGGCGCGAAGAUUUUGAUCCAGAGCACCUGGCUGCAAGGCCUAGAGUGGGACCAACCGCUCGCAACGAGAGACGAGCAGGCAUGGUUCCGCAUCCAGGCAAGCCUUAACGUCUUGGAGCGCAUCAGAAUACCACGAUGGGUGAGCACGGGGUCAGAGGAAAGCAAGGUAGAGAUUCACGGUUUUGCGGACGCAUCAAAGCGGGCCUACGCUGCCAUCAUAUACAUUAAAACGAUGGAUGGACCAGAGGAUAUCAAGGUAUCCCUGCUUAUGGCAAAAUCUAAGGUGGCUCCUAUUCGACUUAUGACGCUGCCACGACUAGAACUGAGCGCAGCUGCACUGCUGUCCAAACUUGCAAGGCACGCUCGAUCAGUUACAGGCCUGACCACUGCCAGUGUCACCUUGUGGUCCGACUCCGAGACCACGCUGGCAUGGAUACGCGGCCACCCCUCACGAUGGAAAACAUAUGUAGCCAACCGCGUGGCGUUCAUCCAGGAAACACUUCCCGACGCCAAGUGGCAGCACCUACCCGGAGCAGAAAACCCGGCCGACUGCGCCUCACGAGGAAUCACUCCCGAGGAGCUGCUGACUCAUGACCUGUGGUGGCAAGGGCCUCCAUGGCUGAAGAGCGACCUGCCGGCGCCAGCCGCAAGGAGAGAGGAAGAGCCCGAGGACAUCCCAGAGCAGCGCGCGCGAGCUCACGCGGCAACCACUAGACCACUGGACUCUGAGAUGCUGCUACGAUUCUCGACGCUACACCGACUCCUAUACCCCGCUAUCACGCUCGGAGCUAGAGAAAGCACAAAAGGCGUGGAUGCGACAAACGCAACGCACGUGGUUUGGCACGGAGCUAAAGGCGAUCGAAGCCAACCAGCCCAUACCGGCCACAGUCCGGUGAAAAAGCUGAGCCCAUUCAGAGAUGCCGAAGGAAUACUGAAAGUUGGCGGUCGCCUGAAACACGCGGUCCUCUGCUUCGACCAGCAACAUCCUGCCAUCCUGCCAAAGGCGUCUCACCUCAUCUCUCUCAUCAUUAAUGCCUGCCAUCAAAGGACGCUCCAUGGAGGCGUGCAGCUCACAUUGAGCCGUUUACGACAACUCUUUUGGGUACCCGGAGGACGAGCGAGCGUCAAGGCGUGCAUCCACCGUUGCACCACUUGCGCUCGAUGGCGGGCGGCGUCCCCACAACCACUCAUGGCAGACCUGCCAGCCAGCAGCACGUGUCACCGCAUCAAGGCCGUUCACGCACGUGGGCGUGGAUUACGCUGGGCCCGUCCUCCUACGGACUUCAAAAGGACGCGGCCAGAAGGCGAGCAAGGCCUUCCUGGCAAUCUUUGCCUCAGCACGAAGGCAACCCACCUUGAAGUUGUGUCGGAUUACACCACCGACGCAUUUUUGGCAGCAUUCCGCCGCCUUGUUUCUCGGCGCGGACUGUGCAGCUGCCUCUACAGCGACAGAGGAACAAAUUUCGUUGGCGCCGAUGCGCAACUGCGCGCCUUCUUCAAAGCGGCCACCACCAACAACCGCAUCAGCAAUGUUCUAGCCAACGAAGGGGUUGAAUGGCGAUUCAACCCCCCUGCUGCCCCUCACUUCGGAGGACUGUGGGAGGCGGCAGUCAAAUCCGUGAAACACCACCUCCAAAGAGUCAUUGGAGACACCACACUGACGUAUGAAGAAAUGGCCACCCUGUUAGCACAAGUAGAAGCUACGCUAAAUUCCAGGCCACUGCAAGCCUUAAGUGACGACCACGAGGAUCUAUCCGCCUUAACGCCGGGGCACUUUUUGAUUGGCGGCCCACUUAACGCCAACCCGGAGCCGUCACUCACCGAGGUAACGCCGACCAGGCUCUCGCGCUGGCAAACUCUCCAACAAAUGCGUGACCAUUUUUGGUUACGCUGGUCACAAGAGUAUUUGAACACACUGACGACCAGAUCCAAGUGGUGGAAGAAGCAGGCCAACCUCAACGUCGGAGACCUGUGCCUCAUUCGCAAUGAGAUCACCCCUCCCAGCAAGUGGCCGCUUGCGCGGAUCACAGCCACGCAUCCGGGAGCUGAUGGACAGACAAGGGUCGUGACUGUCAAGACCGCCACAUCCUCCUUCACCAGACCCGUCACAAAACUGGUUCCGCUACCUAGUGUCAACAACGGGAUCGGAGCCAGCCAAAAUCCCGAAGACGAGAAAAAUCACAGCCUCGCUCAGCAUUCGUUAACAGUCUAA